CCCCCGCAGCUUCCGGUUGGCAAGAUGGUGGCGCGCAGGAGGAAGCGUGGGGCGCAGGGCUCCGAGCAGGGGAUUCCGAGCCCGCCCGGGUAUUCAGCCAUCCCGAUCAAGUUCUCGGAAAAGCAGCAGGCUUCUCACUACCUCUAUGUGAGAGAGCACAGAGUUCGCGAAGGCACCAAGUCUUCCUGGCCUCAGAAGCGGACCCUUUUCGUCCUCAAUGUGCCCCCAUACUGCACAGAGGAGUGCCUGGCCCGCCUCCUCUCUCCCUGCGGCCCCGUCCAGUCUGUGGAGUUACAGGAGAAGCCGGACCUUGCUGACCGCUCAGAGGAACCAAAGUCCAAGUUUUUUCACCCCACGCCCGUUCGGGGGUUCCAGGUAGCCUACGUGGUGUUCCAGAAGCCAGGUGGGGUGUCGGCUGCCUUAGCCCUGAAGGGCCCUUUGCUGGUCUCGACAGACAGUCACCCUGUGAAGAGCGGCGUUCACAAGUGGGUCAGCAACUACACAGACUCGGUGCCGGACCCUGAGGCCUUGAGGGUCGAAGUGGACACGUUCAUGGAGGCGUAUGACAAGAGGAUAGCUGAGGAGGAGGCCAAGGCCAAGGAGGAGGAAGGGAUUCCGGACGAGGAGGGCUGGGUGAAGGUGACGCGCCGGGGCCGGCGGCCGGUGCUACCCCGGACGGAGGCGGCGAGCCUGCGGGUGCUGGAGAGGGAGAGACGGAAGCGCGCCCGCAAAGAGCUGCUCAACUUUUACGCCUGGCAGCACCGAGAGACCAAGAUGGAGCAUCUAGCCCAGCUGCGCAAGAAGUUUGAGGAGGACAAGCAGAGGAUUGAACUGAUGCGGGCCCAGCGCAAAUUCCGACCCUACUGAGCUGAGUUGGCCCACGGGCCCCACCGAGCAGAACGGUGAACGGUGACGGUGCGCGGUUGGUGAGGACGCAGAGGUCUGGAACGCUCGUCCCAGGCUGCCCAGGCCGAGGGGCUACUGUGUCAGCCAGCCCCCGAGGCCGGAGUCCCCACGGGUGGGGUGAACGACAGCUCCUCCCUGGGCCCUGGUGCUUCUGCAGUCUCGGGACCCCAUGCUGGCGGGGCCCGCCCGGUGUGAGGGCUUGUCAGGACGCCACCAGCCUGGGGAGCGCUUGCUCCCUUCUCAUCUCUGUUGCCGGCUGUUCCUGGACUCUCCUCUCAGGCUAAGUGUCUGCUGUGUUCUCCCCUUCCCCCAUUGGAAGGGCCCCCGCUGGCAGCGAAACGGCCUCGGAAACAGUGCGAAUACAGAACAUUUUAUUUUUCAUCCAGCUGGGCAGCAACCUGGCCCUUCCUUCCUCCAUCCGCUACCCACUCACUGCCGAUUAUCAGCCACAAAACGGACAACCCUCCAGGUCCAAACAGUGUCUCCCCCUUGAAGUCUCAGAUACCAAAAGUCAGAAUCUUGGCCCCAUCCCUCCAAACCCUGCCCCAGGUUUCUCUGCCUCAGCCCCUGCUGGUCUCCAAGACCCGCGAGGCCUGUCCCCACCGCACCUGGCCUGGCAGCGGGGAUUGGGAGCAGGGAGUCUGGGGGGUGAGUGGGGGGAGCGGGGCAAAGCCCCAGGCCCAGGCUACAGCUGGUUCGGGGUACUGCUCUUCAAAAAGGAGCCGAUGAUCCCGGCCACACGCUGGGGUUGGUUCAUGUGGACGUAGUGAUUGCCCGGGACUUCUGUGUACUGGAACCACUGGAGAGGGAGGGAUGCGUGGUGAGGUGAGGCCUGGAUGCGGGGGCUCCGUGGGCCCCUCUUCCCAGGGCCUGCUGCCUCCCCGUGUCUCAGGAGGGUCCCUCACAGUGACCCUCGGGGCAGUGACUGACCUGCAGCCCCAGGGGCACCCUCUGGUUAAGUCAGGGCUCAGAGCCAGCAAGAAAGGCCUGUUUGGGGGGGUAAGUGUCCAAACCCUGGGCUUCUGGACCGUUCUGAGCGGUGAGGUUGUAGAGCGAGGCUGGGGAGGGACCCGGGGUGCUGUUCAUUCUGCCACUUUAAGGUUGGCUUGAAAAAUGAGCAGCCUUUCAAACUUGAUCCUCCUUGGGAGGCAGGAAGGCACUGCCCGCUGAUCAGCCGGCCACUCCGGUGACGAUGCUGAGAUGUUAGCAGAGGCCCCCGGGGUCAGGUGUUUAUGGUGGGUGAUGGUCGGAAAGUGUCAGGUGCUCCCAGGGACAAAGCAUGAGUCUCAGCUCCCCAACUGGGAGACCCACCCUCACCUGCAGCCAUCACCCACUGAUGUAACUGGUCACCUGCUCACCCUAGAAAUUGUGGGAUGGCCUCUGGCCCAGUUGGGCUCGGCCUACAGGAUAUGUGAGGACAAUAAAACUGGGAGAUUCUGCCAA